ACGAAUGUCGCUUUCCAAAAUGCCCACAAAUGCCCAUCGUACUCGACUGCGAGUUGAUCAAGGAUGAGGUAUUGGAGAAUGGCGCGAAACGCAAUACGACUCGUCGUUGCAAAUUGGCUGUCGAUGCGCCAUACAUUUUCAAAAAGUUGAUAGGUGUGGACUCUGUUUACUUCUUGCAACACAACUACCUCGAUCUGGCCAAUCGGACACUCAAUAUUGAGGCUGUGAAUGAGAGUUUCUCAUCGCGCAUUGAAAUUUUCGAACGUUGCCGUUACUAUGCGCAUCCCGACAAUCCCGAUUGGACAUGCUUCGACCAAACAGCCACAUUGGAUAUUAAAAACUUUUUCGGUUUCGAACACUCCAUGGAGAAGAUGGGCAUGAAACAAUAUACACAAACCACUUUAAAAGGCAAGGAAAUCAUUGAGUAUUUCAUAAAUGAAUUGAAAGAGCAGGGUGUCACCGAAGUGGAACGUUGGGUGCCGCCAGUCGAUGCACCCUGUUCGCCGACAACGCGUGAGGCUAGCGAUGAAACCGCACAAAAACUAAAAGAUGGCGAUCGACGACGCUCCUCACACGAUGUGCUGCUCGAUGGUGACUUUAUAGCGAAAAAUUUGGGUACACUAACGCCAAUGCAGGCAUCGAAAUUGUUGGAGCUGCGAAAAAUGCUGGAUGGUGACGAAGACUUGGAACAAAUGCCAAGUUAUCAGACCAUACUGCGUUUUUUGACAGCACGCGAUUGGCAUGUGAAUCAAGCGUUCACAAUGCUCAAAGAUUCGUUGAAAUGGCGCAAGGAGCACAACAUCGACUCGUUGGUUAAGGAAUACAAAGCGCCAGCUGUGGUGGUGAAUCACUUUCCGGGCGCUUGGCAUCAUCACGACAAGGAUGGACGACCGAUAUACAUACUACGACUGGGUCAUAUGGAUGUUAAAGGCUUGCUAAAGUCCAUUGGUACCGAGGGGCUGUUGAAACUCACGCUACACAUUUGUGAGGAGGGUAUGCAGCGUAUCAAGGAAUCUGCUGAGCGCUUGGGUCAACCAGUGUUGAGUUGGUGUUUGCUUGUAGAUUUAGAGGGACUUUCCAUGCGUCAUCUGUGGCGGCCGGGCGUGAAAGCACUACUCAAUAUCAUCGAAACAGUCGAAAGCAAUUAUCCCGAAACAAUGGGCCGUGUGCUGGUGGUGCGUGCGCCGCGCGUCUUUCCCAUCGCCUGGACUAUAGUCAGCGCAUUUAUACAUGAAAAUACGCGCUCAAAAUUCCUAUUCUACGGCGGUCCCGACUGCUUGCACAUGAAGGACGGCCUGGAGCAAUACAUCGAUUCGGACAUUACACCAGACUUUUUGGGUGGCCCAUGUAAGACACUCAUACACGAGGGUGGUCUUGUGCCAAAAACGCUCUAUAAAAUGAAUUCAUUGGAAGAGGACGACGCGGAUGAGGAGGAAAAGAAACCACAAGAGGCUGGCGCCUUGAUGCACGAACAUCGUAGUCUCUAUAAAACAGUAGAAUUGCGUACUGGUUACAUACAUGAAGUGAUCAUACCAAAUCAGGAUCCAAAAAGUGUACUCACCUGGGAUUUCGAUGUGACACGCAGUGAUCUACACUUUACAUUGUAUCGUGCAACGAAAGAGCUGCCGUCAAAAACUGAUACCGCCGUUUCUAUAUUUGAUAUGAGUGAUUUCGUCGAGGGCGAACACUACUUCAAGGAGGAACCAACGCUCAUUUGUCGCCACCGCGAAAGCGUGCAGGGUUCCCAUGUAAUGCAUCACACCCACAGUUAUAUAAUGCAAUGGUUCAGCCCGUCAUGCGGUUCCGAGGGCCCCGCACAAUUGAACUUCUUCUACGAAGUACUGAGUUCGGCCAACUACAAAGGUUCCAUGACUAGUUUGCAAUCGGGUUUCUCAUCAUCGUCGGCUGCCAGUUCGUGUCAGAGUCGAUGAUAUGAAGCGAAUAAUGGUGCGGCCUGUAGUAGCGGUGCAGCAGCAGUGCUGACGAUGAACGGUAGGCAGGGAGUGGGGGCAGCGGGAAAGCUGCGGCAACAGCAACAACAUAACGGUGAGGAAAUGCAUGAACAUGGCAUUGUUGCCGUCGAUUCGCUAAUGGAGAAGACAUUGAAUUGAGCUGAAAUAAUGAGUGUGUGUGUGUGUGUGUAGCGCAAAUCAGUACACAAUUAACUAUAAUUUUUGAUUUAAUUAUAAA